UACUACCAUCCUUGUGCUGCAUUCAUACACACUCACAGCCAAAAGUUUAGAGGCCGGGCUAGCAGCACUGGGAUUCCAAUGGACUGAAAAUGACGGGUCUGCAGAAAUUUGCUUGAGAAAAAAAGAGGCAUAUCAACACAAUCGAGGACGCGAAGCAACGUGCCUUAAAUGGAUUAUUAUUGCGCGUAGUACGGCGACACGGAAUCGCGCGUGAUCCUGAUAAUACGCGUAGACAAGUUGCGGACUCACUAGGAAAGACGACUCUGAUCAAGAGUAGUAGAGGUAGACUGAGAUUUGGGGACACAGUCGACUUGCUGUUGUCUGUUUUCACGACCGUUCUGGUGACUGAAAAAACACGAGCACACGGGAACUUUAGAGGGAUGUGAACUAUGGAAGGGGUUCGCGUAGAGCCGUCAUUUAUUUGGAGCAGAAGGAAAAUAUUUUCCGAAAAUCAACACAGAUAAUCAGGAGGGUAUGAGGGUCUUUUCCUUGGAUCUUGCCACGGUUUUUCUUGAUUUUUGUUAAGUUUUGGCACGUUUUGGAAUGUUUGCGAGCUGCGUCCCUCCGCUUUUAGUUCGGCUGUUUACUACACUGUGCGCACUUGUGUUGUUGAUCACGUUGGGACUGGGUUCUGAGCUGCGGGUUCGAGUCCGCCUCGCAGACGGGCUGAUCACAGAGGAGAUCCUCGAAGCGGACAGCGAAAGGGACGCGAUAUCGCUGGAGUUCAAACAGGGAGACGGCGCCCUCAUUACGUUCGUCGCUGACUUCAAACAGAAUGUGAAGAUAUUCCGUGCACUGAUCCUGGGGGAGCUGGAGAGAGGACAGAACCAGUACCAGGCUCUGUGCUUCCUCUCCCGGCUCAACCACAAUGAGAUCAUCCCCAGCGAGUCCAUGGCCCGACUCAGACAGAAAAACCCCCUGGCCAUCCGAUUGGCGGAGGAGCGGCGAGGCCUUGAGCAGCUGACCAUGAGCACAGCAGUGAACCUGAGCCGAGCGGGGCAGCUCAGCUCCCACGUCUACAACGUGUGCAGCGAAGCCCGGGAGGCCAUCUACACCAGCCAGGAGGAUGCCAAACACUGGCUUGACAAAGGAGCAGAGGGCUCUGUGUUUGAGAUCCUUCCCCAGACGGCGGACGUGCCCGGCCUGCAGCCCUGUCGCGUCACCACGGACCUGUGGCAGCCAUGCCUGUGUGUCUACAGCCUGCGUCUGGAGUGGUACCCCUGCCUGCUCAAGUUCUGCCGCAGCCGGGACACCACGGGCAAGGGCGCCCCCUACAGGUGUGGCAUAAAGAGCUGCAGCAAGGGCUACCAGUUCACAUACUAUGUGCCCCAGAAACAGCUGUGUCUAUGGGACGAGGAGACCUAGAGAAGAGGGCCAAGCAAGCUUCCCGACGUCGAAGGGCCAUCUGAGCUCUGGGGGUUGGAGUUUUUUUUGGAUUGCGGGCGUUGAUGACCACAGAGAGGGGGGGAGGAGAGGAUCCAGAUGCCGAGGCUCAAAUUAAAACAAUCCUAUUCAUUAUGCAAACAGAACUUCAUUUUGGAAACAGAGCUACGGGCGGUACUUUAAAAGCCUCAAGGAAUGACUUUCCUGAUCGGACUGUUUGUAUGGAAUUUGCCAAAAAACUCUGAUCACUGUGGGUUGGAAUGAACCAACAAACUGGAGAAAAAGAAGAAACAUUUGCGCAUAUCGUGGAGGGGUUACCACGCCGUACAGACGGGUCGAUGCACAACUGGGCUGAACAGUGUCGUUUCUGAUGUGUCCAUUUGGUUUCAAAGAAGUUCUUGCAGAGGAAGAUAAAACGGUGGAUUAGCCCAUCUGUGUAAAUUUCACCCAAUCUAACCAUGUCAGGAGUAACACAAGUUUAGAGCAGCUGGUGUGCUGUUCGUAACAUAGCUAACAUAGGCUGAUGCUGGCUUUAUUUAUUUAGGUUGCAAAGUGAAAUUAUGGAGAACUAUUUUUGUACCCUUGUGGAAAGCAACCUCAAGAGAUUCUUAUGUUUUUUUGCAUCACACAAGUUCUAAUUUCAUGUACUUAAAGUGUGCUUUGCCAUCUUAGGCUGGAUUUAUUUAGGUAGCAAAACGUCUGUUGCCGCAGACAGGACAUUGAGUCUUAUUUCGAAAAUUCUUCACUGGGUUGCUUACCAAACGUCUGUCAAGGCGAUCAAGAAUAAUGGCCCUGAUUCCUGAUAGUCAUAUUUUUAUUAUUACAAGUUUCAAGUAAACCAAAGUCAGCCCUCGUUCAAUAAAUUAUGGAAAGCGGGAUGCCACUUUAAAUUCUCUCCAAUGGUCUACAGCAGUUGUGUUAAUGCCUAUACCAAACGCUGUGCACACGGUAUUUAUGAGACUAUACUGCCAUCAUCUGGUUGUAGGUGACUAUUUCUUACAUCAUCAUCAUCAUCCGUUGACGUUUACCGUCGUCGUCUCAUUCACAUGUUUUAGUAAGGAUGCAUUUCAAACCAAUAUUGUUACUGUGUAAUUAAACAAGCACUUCUCUCCAACUAGGGGGACCAAAAUCGAAAUCAAUCGUGUCUGCAGUACAAUGGUUUACGUGAUGAUUUCUUGUUUUAUUUUUUCAUAUUUCCCAAUCAUCGUUUCACAUGUCCCUUCAGUAUCAUUGUUUCUGUGUAAUGGUGUUUUCCUUCCUAACUGAGAACCAAAUGUUUGAUUUCAAUGUGUUGCCGAUUAAGUGCCUUAACAUUUCCACUGAUGUGUUUUUUAUGUAAUUUUAGAAUAAAUGGUUAAACAUAUUUUUCUAUUUUUCCUCUAAUGGGGAAAACACAUCGAUGACCCUGUGUUAUUCCAGACAUGUUUUACAGGAAUUGUUGAAAUAAAGUAUUUUAUUCAAUG